AUGUUCAGGCGAGAUCAAGUGCUUGAAUUUGGGCAGACCUCGACCCAGUUCCACGGUUCGGGCAUUCAAAACCACAACGGGCGCCUCCAUGCUGGCAGAGAUAUUAUCAUCAAUAGUGCUACCCCGAAGGCUGACGAGAGCCGAGAUGACUUGCACAGACAGGAAGUCCUCCGCUCGUUACGAUUUGAGCAAAUGGGCUCACGCCAACAGAGCAUCAAAAGGGCCCAUGCGCAAACGUGCCAAUGGUUCUUUGAGACCCGAGAAUACAAGAGUUGGCUGGACACGAACAAGUCUCAGGAACAUGGUGGCUUCUUGUGGAUCAAGGGAAAGCCCGGAGUGGGAAAAUCAACUUUGAUGAAAGUGGCGCUUGAUCAUACUAGCCAGACUUUUCAUGGCGGGGACUCUUGCAUCAUAUCCUUCUUCUUCAAUGCUCGGGGCAAUGAUCUUGAAAGGUCAACGACUGGACUGUACAGGGCGCUAUUGUUCCAGCUGCUCAAAGCACGCCCGGAUUCCCAGAUCGUUCUUGACACUAUCGAAGGUGGCCUUCAGUGGAGCAUCGAAUCGAUAAAGCAAACAUUUGAGCGAGCCCUGAAGAAGCUUGAUCAUCAACAACAACUCAUUUGCUUCAUCGAUGCCCUUGACGAGUGUAAAGAACAAGAGAUUCGUGAGCUGGUUUCGUGGCUCGACGAGCUAAGCUGUGACCAUCCACUUCACGCCUGCCUCGCAACUAGACACUUCCCAAACAUUACGAUCAGAAAAGGUUUACAGAUUAACCUCGAGAGCCGACAAGAGCAUAUCCAGGAUAUAUGCUGUUACGUGAGGGACAAACUCUAUUUCAAAGACGACCGCCGGCUUGCGACUCGAAUACGAGUGGAAUUGCAGACAAAGGCGUCUGGUAUUUUCAUGUGGGUUGUUCUUGUAAUAGACAUGUUGAAUAGGGAGUACGACUCGGGACAGAAACAUAAAAUCCUUGAAAAGAUUCGAGAGCUACCCUAUGACCUACACGAACUAUUUCGAGAUAUCUUCACACGCGGCCCCGGCCCGAGCCAAGGACUACUUCUUUGUCUUCAGUGGAUCUUGUUUGCCAAAUACCCCUUGACUCCGAGACAGCUAUACCUUGCUAUCAUCUCUGGAACAGAGCCCAAUUACCUCGUCCGGUGUCAUUCAAAGGAGAUUUCUGAUGACGAUGUGGAACGCUACAUCCUCAAUGCCUCCAGAGGUUUGGCAGAGAUUACCAAGUCGUGGCGAUGGACUGUCCAGUUCGUACAUGAAUCCAUCAAAGACUUUUUGGUCAAAGAAAACGGAAUUGGCACAAUCUGGGCAGACUUGAAAACAAGCCUUGAGGGCCAAAGUCAGGAAGCUCUCAAGCGUUGCUGUCUGCAGUAUCAGACCACUGUGUAUGCAUUGUUGCGUCAGACCGUCUCUAUUGCGCUGUUAAGACGGCUUUUACCUGAAAUCGUGGAGCACCGCAAAGUCAUCAGCCGGAAAUACCCAUUCCUGGAAUAUGCAAAUGACGGUGUUUUAUUCCAUGCAGACCAGGCUGAGAGACACAAAAUCAAGCAAGACGCCUUCCUCCGCCAAUUCAGUACAGAAGCGUGGUCCAAGUUACAAGACGUCUUCGAAGUUCGUGGGGCACGAUGGUAUUGGCCCAAUGUCAGUCUACUCUAUGUCCUGACCAGAAAAGAUUACUCGGCACUGAUCCGAGCUUCUUCUCUUCAUUCCUGUUUCGAUGUUGAAGGCGGGCCGUACGGUUCACCGGUCUUCGUGGCGUUGGCAACCAAAAACUUCGCUGCACUCGAAUCUCUACUCGAGGUCUUUGUUAAAAGACGGACUUUCGAUAAUAUGUCAUGCCGCGAUCAAAUACAGCUUGUGAGACUCGAUUAUGACAAAAUGGCCAAGAACAACUUCAGGGAUUUUGUCUUCUCUCGUACCAGAGGCGUGGUAUCUCAUCUUGCAGAGUUCGGGUGCAGUGGCAUACUGGAAAUCUAUUUCAGUACCAGUAUUUAUCUAUCUGAUCCAGACAGCAAAGAUGAAGACGGCUGGACCCCAUUGUCAUACGCAGCGCGCACUGGUGAUGUCGCUACCGUACGACUACUGGUUGACCGCCACGCUUGUGUGAACAACAGAACGGGCAAAGGAUGGAUGCCACUACAUCUGGCUUCGUUAAAAGGACAUCUUGAGGCCGCAAAACUAUUGAUUGACAGGGGGGCCGAGGUGGACAUGCCGACGCGUGAUGGAAAGACGCCACUGUACUGGGCUCGGAAGAAAAAGAAUCUUGAUCUCGAGAAGUUAUUGAUGGGUCACGGUGCUGUUCUGGAACAAGUCGCAAUUCACGACGGGACACCGCCAUAUGAGACUGUCGCGAAAGAUGAGCCACCAUUGUAUGGGACUAGGCCGAAAGCUCCUCUUAAGUUCACGAAGACCUCGAUCAAUGACGACGCCAAGUUUAGGAAUACAACGACUGAUAGAUCGAUGAUAAUUCAUCUUUCGAGGGAUCAACUUGAGACAAUAAAACUCAUUCUCGAAGGGGCGGCCGAUGCAAAUACACGGUACAAUGAUGACGGAUCAACAAUCUUGUGUAGUGUCUCACGGUAUGGGUACACGGAGAUUGCCAAGCGACUGCUUGAUCGCGGUGCCGACAUUAAUGCAACAGGCAAUCAGAAGAAAACACCACUACACUGGUCGAUAUCGCCAUAUAGGAAUUUGGAAACCGUCAGGCUGCUUCUAGACCGGGGCGCCAAUGUCAAUGCACUUGGUGAUCAUACGGAAACACCUCUGCAUUUGGCAGCGUGGAAUAUGGCAAUCGUCAGGCUGCUUCUAGACCGGGGCGCCAAUGUCAAUGCACUUGGUGAUCUUGCGGAAACACCACUACAUAAGGCAGCGCGGUAUGGGCACACGGAGACUAUCAUAUUACUGAUUGAUCGCGGCGCCGAUGUUAAUGCAAAGGCUCUUGAUGGAAAAACAGUUUUGCAUGAUGCUGCUGAAAGUGGAUCUAUGGCGAUUGUCAAGUUACUUCUUGAUCGCGGCGCUGAUGCAGAUGCAAAGUCUAUGGCAGGCAUGACACCUUUGCAACUGGCUACCUUGAAAGGACAUCGUAAGGCCAUGAACAUUCUGCGAAAUCACGACCCUCAUACUAUGGACUCCUCCUCUAAUGAAGAAGUCUCCUCUGAUGAUGAAAUCUCCUCCUCUGAUGAAGAAGUCUCCCUCCCUGAUGAAGAAGUCUCCUCCUCUGAUGAAGAAGUCUCCUCUACUAAUGAAGGAGUCCCCAAAGUCUCCACAUCCGUAGAGACAGAAAACAUACAUGGAGUCAAGCGCAGAAGGCUUACUAGAGAUCAAUACGCUCCCGUUUGA